AUGCUGCUCUCCCUCGUUGUUCACACUUAUUCGCUCCGGUACUGGUUUCCUGCCACGGUCAUGCUGGGGACGGCCCCGGCUUACCUGCUCUCGUGGGGGGUCUGGCGCUUCCUUUCCACUCUUUUACCGGCCAGACUGUACCACACGUUAGACGACAGGCUGUACUGCAUCUACCAGAGUAUGGUGCUCUUCUUCUUCGAGAACUACACAGGAGUAGAGGUCAUCAUAUAUGGAGAUAUACCAAAAAACAAAGAGAAUGUGAUCUAUCUAUCCAAUCAUCAAUGUACAGUGGACUGGAUCAUUGCUGACAUGUUGGCCAUUAGACAAGGUGCCCUUGGUCAUGUUAGAUAUGUUCUCAAAGAUGGACUCAAGUGGCUUCCACUUUACGGAUGGUAUUUCUCUCAGCAUGGAGGGAUCUAUGUGAAACGAAAACCCAAGUUUAACGAAGAUGGUAUAAAGAAGAAGCUUCUCUCUCAGAGUCAGUCUGGAGCACCAAUGUACCUCGUCAUCUUUCCGGAAGGAACGCGCUAUAAUCCCGAGAUGAAGAAUGUUAUCGCCGACAGUCAGGCCUAUGCCACUAAGGAAGGGCUUGCUGUUCUGAGACAUACCCUUCCGCCCAGAAUGAAAGCUUCUCACAUUGCACUUGAGACCAUGAGGGGCCACUUGGAUGCAGUGUAUGACAUCACAGUAGCCUACGAGGGAACACUUGGCUCUGACCGCCAAAGAAAACCUGCGCCUUCAAUGCCCGAAUUCCUGUGCAAAGAAUGUCCGAAAGUCCACAUCUACUUCGAGCGUGUGGAUGUCAAGGAAAUUCCUCCCGAGCCAGUCUUCUUCCGCAGGUGGCUACACGAGCGCUUUGAAAUCAAGGACCGGCUGCUGGUGGAUUUUUAUGAGCACGACGACAAAGACAAACUAUGCAGCUUUCCCGGGGAGGGAAGACGUUCCUCCCUGGGCCUCUCCAAAACCCUCCCAGCCGUGCUAAUCUUGGGGGGCCUGACGCUGCCUCUUCUGCUGACAGACCGAGGCAGGAAAGUGUACUGGAGGACCUGGGUGUACGGGACUCUCCUAGGUUGGCUGUGGGUCAAUAUGCUUCCUUAA